AUGGACAUUGAUUUCAAAGAGUAUCAGUUACGCUGUGAACUUCACGGCCACGAAGACGACGUUCGUGGAAUAACCAUCUGCGGCAACGGCGACAUAGCGACCUCAUCCAGGGACAAAACCGUUAGGUUAUGGUCUCAGGACGAUCGCAAAUUCACCUCUUCCAAACUUCUGGUAGGUCACACCAGCUUUGUCGGUCCGUUAACAUGGAUUCCGCCGAAUUCCGACUUGCCUCACGGCGGUGUCGCUUCUGGCGGCAUGGAUACUCUUGUCUUGGUUUGGGACUUGAACACGGGGGGUAAGUUUCAUACACUCAAAGGUCACCAGUAUCAGGUCACCGGCAUUGCGUUUGAUGAUGGAGAUCUUGUUUCAUCUUCCAUUGAUUGUACUUUGAAACGGUGGAGGAAUGGGCAAUGCGUUGAGACAUGGGAGCCUCACAAGUCAGCGAUUCAAGCUGUUAUAAAGCUACCCACAGGAGAGCUUGUUACAGGUUCAACUGACACUACUUUAAAGACUUGGAAGGGAAAAACUUGUUUACAUACUUUUGAAGGGCAUUCAGAUACAGUUCGUGGCUUGGCUGUGAUGUCUGAUUUAGGAAUCCUAUCUGCAUCCCAUGAUGGUUCUCUCAGAUUAUGGGCAGUAAGUGGUGAAGUUUUAUUGGAGAUGGUUGGCCAUACUGCAAUUGUUUAUUCAGUUGAUUCACAUGCAUCAGGACUUGUUGUCAGUGGUAGCGAAGACCGUUUUGCAAAAAUAUGGAAAGAUGGAGUCUGUGUUCAGAGCAUAGAGCAUCCUGGUUGUGUUUGGGAUACAAAAUUUAUGGAAAAUGGGGAUAUUGUGACAGCAUGUUCGGAUGGAGUAGUACGCAUUUGGACCAUGAAUCAAGAUUAUUUCGCUGACCAGCUAGAGCUUGACUUAUACACUUCACAACUUUCUCAAUACAAGUCUAGCAGAAAGAAGGUUGGUGGAUUAAAAUUGGAGGAGUUACCUGGCUUGGAUGCACUGAAGAUCCCAGGAACUUCUGAUGGCCAGACAAAAGUAGUUAGAGAGGGAGAUAAUGGCGUGGCUUAUGCAUGGAACAUGGCAGAACAGAAAUGGGAUAAAAUUGGUGAAGUUGUUGAUGGACCAGAAGGAUCAAGUCGCCCUCUCUUCGAUGGUGCUCAGUAUGAUUAUGUGUUUGAUGUGGAUAUUGGAGAUGGUAUGCCUAUCAGGAAGUUGCCUUACAAUCGAUCAGAUAAUGCAUAUGAUGUUGCUGAUAAAUGGCUACUCAAGGAGGGUCUUCCUCUUUCCUUUCGUGAACAAGUCGUUCAGUUCAUACUUCAAAAUAGUGGACAAAAGGAUAUUACUUUUGAUGCUUCAUUUCGUGAUCCGUACACCGGCUCCAAUGCUUACGUACCAGGUCAACAUUCACGCACAUCUGAUAUCUCUGCGAAGCCUACAUUCAAGCAUAUUCCUAAGAAAGGGAUGCUUGUUUUUGAUACUGCUCAGUUUGAUGGGAUCCUUAAAAAGGUCGUCGAGUUCAAUAAUGCCUUAUUAUCCGACCAGGAAAAGCAGAAGUUGUCUUUGGCUGAGUUGGACAUUCCCAGACUGGAUGCCAUUGUUAAAACACUGAAAGAUACUUCACAUUAUCAUUCCAGUAAAUUUGCAGACUCUGAAAUAGCUUUGCUACUGAAAAUGCUAUCUUCAUGGCCAAUCACAAUGAUAUUUCCUGUCAUUGAUAUCAUAAGGAUGUUAGUUCUUCACCCAGAAGGGGCUGUUGCACUUCACAAGCAUCUUGAAUCAGAAAAAGACAUUUUAAUGGAAGUGGUUAAGAAGGUCACCAUAAACCCAACAAUUCCUGCAAAUCUGUUGACCAGUGUUCGUGCUGUCACUAAUCUCUUUAAGAAUUCUUGCUACUACAACUGGUUGCAGAAACAUCGCAGUGAGAUUCUUGAUGCUUUCUCAAGCUGCAGUUCAUCUACAAACAAAAAUUUGCAGUUGUCCUACUCUACAUUGAUACUCAAUUAUGCAGUACUAUUGAUUGAAUCUAAGGAUCAAGAAGGUCAAUCUCAAGUUCUAUCAGCAGCACUGGAGGUAUGUCUUAUACUAUUUUUUAUCUGGGUAUAA